CGCAAGGUCUUGGCUUGGGCGGCGGCCUUCUCCAGGCCGCGAUCGCCGCCAUCAUGACGCGGUGCCGCCUCUGGUCCCGCCGCCAAUCUGGGACAAUCAACCGCUGCCGUGCGCGCCGAUGGUCACAGGCCACAAUUGUUUCGGUGCCGUCCUGUACCCGAUCACCAUGGCCGACUUCGUGCUUGCAGACGUCACGGAUUCCGCCCUGGACGGCAUCAUUGCUGGCUUCCCCGCCGCUUACGCGGAAAAGGUGGGGAAGACGGGCGACGCGAUGUAUAGAGCGUGCUUCUCGGCGUUCAUGAGCAUGCAGUGUUCUUCUAUAUUUCCCCGAUGCACAGUGCCGCAGUCGGGCGAAGAGCCCAUCGCCGCGGGCGGCCGGGCACCAAUGUGCCUCCACCUCUGCAUCCUGCCGCUGAUCACGUGCCCUGGGUUUUGGAUCAGCGACGUCGCUGGCCCGUGCUCGAUGGUGUCUGCGCCGCCCGUGUGUGCGCAAGCGUUUUAUUGGAACACGCAUCGAUUGCCUCCGCAGUAUUCAAGUUUCGACGAGGCGAACCCGUUCCCGAGCGAUUGCCCUGUUCCCGACCAUGGGCCAGGAGGCAUGGACUCCGCGGAGGACCCAGCGUCGUACGACGACGCCCCGACCCCUGGGGUCCCGAUCUUGGGGAGCGAUGAGCCCGCCGACGAGAGCCCGCUCCGUUAGGCCACGCCGGGCCGGGUUGUCUGCGAUUCACCGGCCAGCGCCGGCACCGCGCAGAAUUCGCGGAGCUCGCUGAGCGUUCGGGC